AGACACAUCAAGAACUCGAUGGAUGCGUUGAUGAGUGGUUUGUGUCGGAGAGAAACGGUGAUCGCGAGAAGGUAAGAGAGAGAUAUAGAAACAAACCGAAGGAAUAGCAAAACUAGGGUUUCAAUGGGAAACACAUGCACGGGUCCGAAACUGAACCCUAAUGGGUUCCUUCAAUCCGUUAGUGCCGCUGUUUGGCGUAAUCAGAAACCAGACGAGAGCCUCGAGAGCAACAAGGACGACAGCAGCAAGAAGAAGAGCGUUCAUGGCGGUGACAACGCUCCCUCCGCCGUGGAUCCAACUCCAAGCACACCACCUCCUCCGGUGAAAAUGGCCAACGAAGAAGCACCAAAAUGUAUCAACAACGAUGAGAAUCCAAAGCCUAAGAAAGAGGCACACAUGAAACGAAUGGCGAGCGCGGGUCUACAAAUAGACUCCGUACUCGGGAGAAAAACUGAAAAUCUCAAGGAGAUCUAUAGCGUGGGGAGGAAGUUAGGUCAAGGGCAAUUCGGGACGACGUUUCUUUGCGUGGAUAAGAAGACAAACAAAGAACUCGCUUGCAAAACCAUCGCCAAGAGGAAACUCACGACCCCUGAGGACAUAGAAGAUGUGAGAAGAGAGAUUCAGAUAAUGCAUCAUUUGUCUGGACAUCCCAACGUGAUUCAGAUCGUUGGUGCGUAUGAAGACGCUGUAGGUGUUCAUGUCGUGAUGGAGAUUUGUGAAGGUGGAGAGCUGUUCGAUAGGAUCAUACAGAGAGGUCAUUACACCGAGAGAAAAGCUGCUGAGCUUGCAAGAACCAUCGUUGGUGUUAUUGAAGCUUGUCAUUCUCUUGGUGUGAUGCAUCGUGAUCUUAAGCCUGAGAACUUCUUGUUUGUUAGUGGAGAUGAAGAAGCUGCGCUCAAGACUAUAGACUUUGGUCUCUCUGUCUUCUUCAAACCAGGAGAAACAUUCAGUGAUGUAGUUGGGAGCCCUUACUAUGUGGCUCCAGAAGUUUUAAAGAAACAUUAUAGUCAUGAAUGUGAUGUUUGGAGUGCUGGAGUUAUUAUAUACAUCUUACUAAGUGGUGUCCCUCCGUUUUGGGAUGAAACGGAGCAAGGCAUAUUUGAGCAGGUUUUAAAAGGUGACCUUGACUUUGUAUCAGAACCAUGGCCCAGCGUAUCAGAAAGCGCAAAAGAUUUGGUUCGUCGGAUGCUGAUCAGAGACCCUAAGAAGCGAAUGACAGCUCAUGAAGUUCUCUGUCAUCCUUGGGCUAGAGUGGACGGUGUUGCUCUUGAUAAACCUCUUGAUUCUGCUGUUCUCAGUCGUUUGAAACAGUUUUCUGCCAUGAACAAGCUUAAGAAAAUUGCUAUCAAGGUGAUAGCAGAAAGCUUGUCAGAGGAAGAGAUAGCAGGGUUGAAGGAAAUGUUCAAGAUGAUAGAUACAGACAACAGUGGACACAUCACUCUCGAAGAACUCAAGAAGGGCUUGGACAGAGUUGGUGCUAACCUUAAAGAUUCAGAAAUAUUAGGAUUAAUGCAAGCAGUACGUCCCAUUUCUCUUCUUGCCUUUUACUAUAUGAUAUACAAAAGCUAUAAAAUAAUAUGGAGACCACAUUUUCAGGCGGAUAUAGAUAACAGUGGGACUAUAGACUAUGGAGAGUUUAUAGCAGCGAUGGUGCAUUUAAACAAAAUACAGAAAGAAGACCAUUUGUUCACAGCGUUCUCUUAUUUUGAUAAAGAUGGAAGUGGUUAUAUAACCCGAGAAGAGCUCCAGCAAGGUUGCAAGCAAUUUGGCUUAGCGGAUGUUCAUCUAGACGACAUUAUAAGCGAAGUUGACAAGGACAAUGAUGGAAGAAUAGAUUACAGUGAGUUCGUGGAGAUGAUGCAAGACACUGGAUUUGGCAAAAUGGGUUUAAGGGUGAGUUGAAGAAACAAAACCAGCACCUCAAUUUCCACCAUUUUUCUAAUUAAAUCAUGUACAUUUGAUAAUUAUGCUUGAUCAUAGAGGUUUCAUAUUUAUUUUCUGUGUUAUAUUCUUAGUAGGUCAAAGUAAAACUACUCUAUAGAAUCUUGCAUGUAAAAUGUUCAGUCUGCUACAAUGAAAUUACUGUACAUAUGUUGUAGA